AUGGACGACAACCUGCACCAUGCCAUCACACACUGUGGCACCAACAGUACGUGCGUGGGCGGCCCGUUAUAUGCUAACAGACUACUGCUGAUUGAUGAGAACAACUAUACACAGAGAAUGUUUACUCCUUGACACCUUUGAUUUGGAUACGCAUCGCUUCAUUCUCACGUAUCUAAAAUAUGGAAGAUUCAUCCUGGCGAUACAAGAUCUAUAAUGAAAUUUUACAAUCUCAAGGACAGCAUAGUUCAGGUUAUUUGGACCAGGAAAAUCAGUACGGCGAAACAGGAAGCAGUUUUUCGAAAUCGAAACUCCGCUCAUCCGAGUCAGGGAAACUCAGCGAAGGAAACUACAGUGAUUUGUAUUCUGAUGCCGAUAUUUACUCAGAAGCCAAUUCCGAAAAGAAAUGGACAAGAAAUAGCAAGGGCAAACACGAAUGUUUGGACGGUGACUGUGCAGAUGAAAGGGCUUUAAAUAGUGGUUUUGUUGUGCGAAAUUCACGCGGAAAUGACAUUCGCAACCGCACAGGAAGUGAUCGUCACGGCAACCACCGUAACGCGUCCCAUUCCCAGGACACCACCAUUUACACCCAGCAUAGUCGGGAACAAACUGGACAGGUUGAGCGGGAAUAUGAUCCAACUCGAGGCUCGUAUCAAUAUCACCAGGAAUCUAGGGGCUGGGAGAGCGAUCAGUCAGGAUCAGGCUCUCCGAGUGAGCACCGUGAACUUAGAAAAUCUUCCGUAAAAUCUAGCUUCGCGCCACACAUUGAUGAGUCCAAAUACGGCAGCCUGGGGUCAUCUUUUGUAACCAAUCCGCAGACCGAUCAGUGGCACUCGGGUUCAGAGGGUACUGCGCGGAUGCCACAAUCAUUAGUCACUCCAGGCAGUCAAAGCAGCCACAAACACAGUAACCGUGCGUCGAAAAAGUCGCUGCGUUCGUCAACGGAGAGAUCGAAUAAAACCGAUUUUUCCUCUGCAGGGAAAUACAGUGAUUAUGAGUACAUACACGAUGCGUAUACGGGUAGGCCUGACCGGCAGAUGCAAAUAGGAUUCCAGGGGAACCAGGCCAGGGACAGCAGGAAAAUAUCAGCAGAAGUCAGUGAGGGGCAUACUAGCGUGACUGUGAGUUCGAGCCGUUCACAUGCGUGUAGGUCUGAAACACCGUUGGUGCCACAGGAACAGCAGCAAAAUCUUCCAAGAUCACAGGCAGCUUCAGACCGGCAGUCGGCAGUUCAGUCUUCACAUGAUCAGCCAUUUUCUUCAAGACAAUCAGGGUCAAGCUCCAAUCGGUCCUCCAUCACCAGCAGUAGCUCAACUGACACUGGAUCCAGUCAUUCACAAGAUCGUGAUUGGGCAAGAGCGAGUCAGAGCAACAGAAAGACCAAACGUUCCUCCAAGGAGAGUUUAAAGGAGUCCGGGAAAUUGCCUGAAUCAAGUGACACUCAUGUAGAACAACCAAAUCUGAACAACCAGGAUUGGUAUAGACUUGUUCAGAAGGUAGAGAGAGCUGAUUCGCUUCCUAUUAAGGAAGCAUCAUUCUCACGUCGCAGUAAUCUACCACUUUCAUCAUCAGCUGAAAAGUCUUCCAUUUCACGUACUGAAAACAGUCAGUAUUAUCAAGAAACAAAGCACAUGCACAAUAAAUCUGGAUCAGUGAACUCAGAUGAUGCACCUUCCUUUCAGUUGAAUGGUACAAAAAGUGCUCAGUAUAACGCAGAAAAUAUGAAACAAACAGGACCACCAUCAGUCAUGUCAGUAACAAAGGGAUUAGCCUCUGAACCUGUUAGUGUUAGUUCAACCAAAAAGAUACAAGAGACAUCAGAUAUUAAUUCUGCCCCCUUACCCAGGAAGAACCCCCUCCUUCGUUAUGAUGUUGUCCCACCCAAAGGAAAUGGACCAUCUGAGGCUGAAAGGAAACUGGAAGAGUUGACCAGACAACUGGAAAUUGAAUUGGCAGAAAACCCUGAUGGUGAAGAGUUUGGUUGCUGUGUGAAGUGUGGAGAGAAGGUGACCGGUGCAGGACAGGCAUGUCAAGCUAUGGGCAACCUCUACCACACUAAUUGCUUCACAUGCUGUUCCUGUGGACGAACUCUGAGAGGCAAGGCGUUCUACAAUGUCCAUGGCAAUGUUUACUGUGAAGAAGACUAUCUGUAUUCUGGCUUUCAGCAGACAGCAGAGAAAUGUGCAGUAUGUGGACAUCUCAUUAUGGACACAAUACUUCAAGCCAUGGGCAAGUCCUACCAUCCUGGUUGUUUUCGCUGUGUUGUUUGCAACCUCUGCUUAGAUGGGGUACCCUUCACCAUUGAUGUUGACCAUAAAAUCUAUUGUGUCAAAGACUAUCACAAGAGAAGGAGAAGGAUCUAUGCUCCCAAGUGUGCUGCCUGCAGAGAAGCCAUUACUCCGGUAGAGGGUACCAUGGAGACAGUGCGAGUGGUAUCAAUGGAUAAGGAUUUUCAUGUGGAAUGCUACCGAUGUUUGGACUGUGGCCUUCAGCUGUCAGAUGAGGAUGGUAAAAGGUGCUAUCCCCUUCAUGAUGACCUCCUCUGCUACACUUGCCACAUCCAGAGAUUGUCUCCAGGACCCACUCCAGAGCAAUUCUCACCUGUGUUGUCACCAAGCACCAGCGUUCCAACUGCAGCUAGUCCACCUGAAACUCCAACAGAAUCAACCCCAGGAGCUGGUAAUUACACCACUGCAACUUCAGCUCCAAGCAGGAACAAACAUUUCCAGGGGAUGAACCCACCUCACUAUGCACCCUUUGCUGGAUCACGAUUUGCAACGCCUGGAACACCCCCACCAGAUCCCCCACCUUACUCUCCCCACGAUCCCCUUGGUGACAUGUACAACUCAACCUCCCCCAAACCAGGGGAGAGGGUAUUCCAGUAUCACGGAGGUACGCGUAAAUCCACUCAGCACGGGGUACACUCCCAUCGGGGAAGGAACCCUUCCGAUUUAGGCAAUGGUGCUGAGGAGAAUCAGUCAUCAGGCUACGUUGUAACUGAUUUAUGAGGCUUGGGACCAGCUUAUGAACAGAUUCCUGAACAGCCUGCUCUCUGAGUAUUGAACAUUUGAACAAUUUAUAUUUUAUUUUGUAAAAAUCAGCAAAUUGAUCUUUCUGAGUAACAUCAUAAAUACUGAAGUUUCAAAAUAUUAGAUUGGCUGAAGCAAGACUAAAAAACUGAAUUGACUCCAAUAUCACCAAGGACUUGCACACUAGCUGUAAUUAGAAGGCUUAGAAGGUAGUGACUUAGAAACCUUCUACCUGUAUAUGAGUAGCGGUGUAACUUGGCUGAAGCUUUUGAGGUUGCGCAGUUGUUUUUUAGGGGGGCACAGAAAGUAAAUGAAAUGUGGCUUGUACAUAGGCUGUGUACAUUUCAACACUUCUAAUGGGGUCUCAGGAGGGGAAAAGACAGACUUCUGUAAAAGGCACGUGCCCCCAUGCCCCCUUCUCCCAGUCAUGCCUUGGUGCACGAGCCAUCUCACUCAAGUUUUUCAAAGCCAGAUCUACAAUACAACAAUUUUAAGAACAGCAUUACACUUAAUAAGAACAGAUAAGAUAUUUUGCUUGAAAUAAAUUGAAGGAGAUUCAGUUUUGCUGGUAAAUUAUCUACAAAGUUUGUAUAAGUUCCUGGUAUUUAUUGUCCACAGAGGAAGCUCAUGAAAUGCACGAAAAUUGCAUUUGAAGUGUGUCGCAUGGAAAUGAGUUGAAUGAAAUGAGGUUCUCCAAUUGCAGUGCAUGGCUAGCAUUUGGUAUCAUGUAAGUUUAAUGGAGUUAGAUGUUGGACAUUUUACGGUACAUGCCUGAGGCACAAUCCUUAAUGGUGUUAGAUGUUAUGGGGACAUGAUGUGCCCGAUAAUGUUCCUAUUCUGUCACAGGUCAGUGUUGCUACUUGGAAGCCUUCCUGGGACCCCACUGUUGGUUAUAUUCAGUUGACAUUAUCCAGUUUCUGUCACUUUGUUAUUUUAUAUUUGGUUGUAGUGGAAAUAAUGCUUGCUGGUAUGCAACAUAAUGCAAGUAAGUGUAAGUAGUGAGCUGUAAUUUUAGUUAGUUCUUGCCUAUGGCAGCUUGUCAUGGCCAGUAAAUAUUGAGAAUACUUUUCAGAGAGGUGCUGGUGAGUUGCAAGAUGUGAAUUCUGUGUUGCCCUAUUCGUAGUCCCAAUGAUGCAAAUAUAAUAGGUGUAUGUUUGUCAACUGUCCACUUCUGAAGUUUUUUCUGUAUCACUUGUUCAGGGACUUCUUUUGACACUUGGUUUUUAUUCCAGUCUACAUGUUAGUUUUGUUUUCUGUAUCACGUGUUCAGGGACUUCCUUGACACUUGGUUUUUAUUCCAAUCUACAUGUUACUUUUACUAAGAAUGUAUACAGUGUAGAGAAGUUGUAGUAUAUGACCUUUUCCUAAAUAUGGUGCAAGAAAAAUAUUUUCUUAAAUUUGAUGAACACGAUACAGUGUUCAAAAGAUGUAGUCAUCUUCUGCUGCAUAACAGUAGCAAUAUUUCCAGCUGUGGGUUAGCAUUGGUAGUGUUUAGUACCUUAAUACAAGAAGAGUUGAGAUUUUAGGAGCUCCUCACAACUAGGGCAUGUGACAUAUCAACUACCGGGUAUGAUUGCUAUGCUAGUUUUCAAAUCUGGUUUCUUACAUAAAACUUAGCACUGUCUCUCUCGUCACACAAAGUGAUUUUUGUCAGACAGGACCUUUUAUGUUUCAAUUUUAGUGAAUGUUUGUGUUGACCCUUAAAAACAAUACCUUCAAGAACCUUCAUGUGAACGUAUUUGGAAAUGUACAAAACAAUUUUUACUUUGUAGAGCUUCAGAAUUCUUUAUACCGCUUGCAUAUUACUGGCAUGUAAUAUUUUUCCUCUGUGAAUUUCAAAGCACAUUUACAUGUAUUCUUUUAACCAAAUUUACUUGUAAGAGGUACGUUUUUAGCAAUAAUAAUACUUGGGUAAAGAUCUCUUACUGCAAGCCGAGAUUUUACUAUUAUUAAUCUGAAGAUGCUGUACUUGGGAAAUGUAUGUUGUAUUUUAAUUUUUUAUGUUUCAUUUUUAAAUGAAUUUUAUAAUGUUUAGUGCCUUCUUAUCAGGAUGUAUACAUCUGGUUUUAUUUUUAUUUGCUACAUAUUAGCAACAUUUUCUUAAAUUCUGAAGAAAGUACUAAUCAAAAGAUCAUUUUUAACUUAACCCUCGUUUUCUGAGGUCCUAUCGGUUGAGAGUGGACUUGCAUUUACUUGUAAAGCUUGUGAUUGUGAUUCCCAAAGGCCCGUAACUAGGGGGAGGGUUGCAAGAGGAGCGUCUGCACUCCCCUCCCAUGUGACUAAAAGGUUCGCUUUUUUAGACAAAACAAGAUUUUGAGCUAUAUAGUAGAACAUUUUGCGCCAAAAAAUGCCGCGUGCUUCGGUAUUUUUCGCCUCGGUCAGUCCUCUCUUCGGGAGUUUACUUGUAACCCCAUUAAAAACAAGUGGAACGACAUCAUGAAUCCUGCUGGUUUUCAAAAUUAAAAAAAAAGCAACAGAUUUAUGCUUGGUCCGCUUUGUUGAGGAUUCGCCCCCCCCCCGAAAAGUGCUAGUUACGGGCCUGCCAAUGUAGGUAUUGUGGGAUUUAUCUGUUUGAGGCACCGAUCUCUUGUGAUUUUCUUUACUCAAUUUGAAGGCUCUGGGGGGGGGUAUUGCAUUCCCCUUUAAAUUAAAGCUUUUCUGUUUCCAUAUAUUAAGUGCCGUAAUUUUAACUGGAGCUUGUUCGAUUUCAAUUCAACGUUGUUUCAAAUACAGUUUUGGAAAGUUAAUAUUCGCUUCUCGUGGUAGGACAGUACACUGUGGUCAAUUCAGCAUUGGUCAAGCACUAAGGCGACGUAAGUUUUAUUCAUUUGUUUGAGACGAUGUGAGUUUUAUUCCUUGUGUUUGUUCAACUAGUCUUGCUGUCCUUUUUUUAAAUUUAGGUAACGCUUUAAUGUACACCGAAGCUAUUCGAUAAUGAAGAUUCUUGAAAUGAUUUGCAGAGUGCAUUGUCAUCUUGUGAUAAGUUAUCUUACCUCCUGAGGAAUUUUAGCUGCGUGGUGGUUUUUCUUUUAUUUGGUGCAGUUCUGUGACAUUCGUAGCUAGUGGUCAUAGCAAAAGAUAUUUUCAGAUUAACUGUAUAUAUCCUUUUCAUUCGUGUAAAUGAUAUUACCACUAUCAAAGCACAUUUAGAUCAAGUGAACUAUUCAAACCUUAUUAAACAUCUCAAAAAUA